CCAGAGUGGGAGUUGUUAUUGCAGCAUUUGUGGUAACAUUUAAACAUUUAAGGCUCUCUGAUGUUUGCCCCUGCUCCUGUACUUCAAGUUGUAAACUUGUUUGCUGUGAUCUUUCACUCAUCUGGCCGGACCACGCCACCAUAUUUGGAUUCUCAGAGAAACUGAAUCCUGCAAAUAUUAAGCUUCCUGGAUUAAACUACAGUGUGACAAAGAAAGAGAGAAGAAGAAGAAGUCAUGGCUACCAUCCACCAGCAGACCACCGAGGUGGUGACAGUCACCAGGGCUUUUCAAAACUCCAGCCAAUGGAGCACCGACCUCUGUGACUGCUGCUCUGAUAUGGACACCUGUUGCUGCGGCUUUUGGUGUUUCCCCUGCAUGCAGUGCGUGACAGUUAGUAAACAUGGAUGGUGCUGCUGCGCGCCACUCCUGGAUAUUUGCGGCGUGGUGUCCUGCUUACUCCGCCAGUCCAUCAGAGAGCAACACAACAUCGAAGGUUCUGGCUGUGAGGACUGGUGCACAGUACUUUUCUGUUACCCGUGUGCCUGGUGCCAAAUGCAUCGUGAGCAGAAGAUCAGGGAGAACCAGCCCGCCAGCGCAACUGUGGUCACCACGCAGGUCAUUCGUGGAUAUGGUACAACCAGUUUGGCUGUUGACUAAGGGUCUAUGUCACCACUGAAGCCAUAUUUUUUGACUUUUGCUGACUUAUUAAUGUGCUGAAUGGUAUAUGAGGAAAGAUUUAUGUCUGGCCAUAAAAAUACUUCUAUUUUACACAAUAUUGUGGCUGUUAUUGUAAUAGUCUUCUUCUACAGAACUCAGUUUAACCAGUGUUCAAAUAAAAGCUAUUCAAAUUCACUAUUGUGGUAUGACAGUGAUAAGGACAUCGUAAGUAAGACCUUCCAUACUUCUCUUUAUAUACUCAUGUUAUAGUAAAUUUACUGUACAGUGGGUGAUGGUCAUUACCCAUUGCUCAUUUUUGAUGCACUUCCCAAUCACACAACACUUUAGAGUAUUGGAGGAAACUGCUUUGUGCUUAUUCUUUGACAGUAUUUACAUCUAUCUUUGUGUUCCUGCCAUCACCAGUAUAAACAAGGUGACUUCCAUCCACAAACUCAUGAUUGUAGUUAGUUUCAGCACUUCACUGUAACGUGCUUCCUUCUACUUUCUUUUUCUCAUGAUCAGUCCUGAAUAUAAAGUAAUGAGGGGUGGGUCAAGACAUCUGCACAGUACUGUAUCUGUUUUAUUUGAA